AUGACAUGUUGUCUUCUGGUCCUGGUCCUCCAUUGUGUUCUCCUCAGCACUGCCCCGGUUGCCGCUUGCCCAGCUCGUUGUGAGUGCGUCCCUCAGAUCAAGUCGGUCAUCUGCCAUCGCAAGCGCUUCACCUCUAUACCUGAGGGGAUACCGACUGAAACGAAGAUCCUGGAGCUCAACAAAAACCGCAUACGCUGCCUGAAUUCAGGGGACUUGUCCCCGUACCCUCUGCUGGAGGAGCUAGACUUCAGUGAGAACGUCAUCACGAAUGUGGAACCAGGGGCUUUCAGUAACCUCCUGAACCUGCAGACCCUGCGGUUGCGUGGCAAUCAGCUCAAGCUGAUCCCGAUGGGUGUCUUCAACAAACUAGCCAAUCUCACUCUUCUGGACAUAAGUGAGAACAAACUGGUCAUCCUUUUGGACUACAUGUUUCAAGACCUGAGGAAUCUGAAGAACCUGGAGGUGGGAGACAAUGACUUGGUGUAUAUUUCCCGAAAGGCUUUCUCUGGCCUAGUCAGCCUUCAGCAGCUGACCAUAGAGAAAUGUAACCUGACCGGCAUAUCUGCCGAAUCUCUCUCACGCCUCCAAAACCUAGAGGUCCUCCGCCUCCGACACCUCAGCAUCGCCUCAGUGGACGAUCAGAACUUUAAGAAGCUUUAUAACCUUUGGCAGCUGGAGAUUGAGAACUUGCCGCUCCUAGAGGACGUUUCCCCAAACGGCUUCCAGGGAUUAAACCUCACGUUCCUUUCCAUAACGUACACCAAUAUCACAGUGGUGCCCACAGCUGCCUUGAGGAACUUGGUGCAUCUCAUGUACCUUAACUUAUCCUACAACCCCAUCAGCACUGUGGCCAAGGGGGCUUUCAAGGAUCUAAUACGGCUUAGAGAGCUCCACAUGGUGGGUGCCCUUUUGGUCUCGGUCGAACCUCAGGCGCUGUUUGGCUUGAGGCAGCUUCGCCUCGUCAACCUGUCCAACAACUUCCUGUCCACUUUGGAAGAAAGCACCUUCCACUCUGUGAACACGCUGGAAACGCUCCGAGUAGACCGGAACCCUUUAGUGUGCGACUGCCGUCUCCUCUGGAUCCUUCAGCGCCGCAAGACGCUGAACUUUGACGGACAACCGCCGAUGUGCUCCUCGCCGCCUGAGAUACAGGGCAACGCCCUGCAAGAUUUCCCAGACUCUGUCCUCUUUGAAUACUUCACUUGCCAAAAGCCUCAAAUAAGGGACCGAAAGCUCCAGCACAUUACCGCUUACGAGGGGCAGUCGGUGUCCUUUCUCUGCCGGGCUGAUGGGGAGCCCCUCCCAUCGAUUAUCUGGGUGUCCCCUCAGCACAGAAUGAUCACCACCAAGAGUGCUGGGCGAGCCACCGUCCUGCCGAGUGGGACGUUAGAAAUCCGCUACGCCCAGGUCCAAGACAGUGGCACCUACAUUUGCAUUGCCAGUAACGCGGGGGGCAACGACACAUACUUUGCCACAUUGACGGUCAAGGGGCACUCCGUCGAUGGCUCCCUCUAUGCAAACAGGACCUUGUACCUCAGUGAGUUCAACGACACUUUCCACAACGACACGCACGUCUUCUUAAAGUUCACGUUGGACCUCAAAACCAUCUUGGUGUCCACGGCCAUGGGCUGCAUCACCUUCCUGGGCGUGGUCCUCUUUUGCUUCCUCCUCCUUUUUGUCUGGAGCCGGGGGCGCGGGCAGCAUAAGAACAACUUCUCUGUGGAAUACUCUUUCCGCAAGGUGGAUGGCCCAACCACCACAGCAGGCCAGGGGGGCGCCAGGAAGUUCAAUAUGAAGAUGAUUUAA